UCAACGUUUGACAGCUGGCUCUUUGCUUGUACAGAUUGUUUCGAAACAAAAAGAAUACCUAUGUUUAAUUUAUUUGUUAGGGAUUUCGGAUAGUAAGACAGUACAUCUGCUUUUAUGGCCGCUGCCGUGAGGAAUAAUGUUUGGGUUGCUCCGGGGCAGGACGCGCAGUUUCUCUACAAAACCACCGCACCACUGACAGCCGACGGUCUGAGAGGUGAAGAUCAUGGACAAGUGCUCUGUAACACGAGGGAUGCCAUCUCGGGAACUUGCUCUUUUCAUGAUUACAAUUUGGGUAAAUCAGAGAUGGACAGCUACCUGUCUCCACACCCACAGGACAUAGUAAAUUCCAAAAUGCUGUGCAGAGACAGCGCUCUCAUGGUAGAGCCUCCAUUCACUGACGACUUCAACUGCCCUUACAGCGUCAACAUGAGCCUGCUCCUUCCUGACGUCACAUACCUGCACCCUGGUCUCUGCAGGACAAUGAGACAGAUCAAAACGGAACCAUCACACUCUCUGAUGCAUGCCAGCUGUCAGGGCAACGGAGUGCCGCCAACACUCCCAGAAUACCCAGGUGUUUUUAGUGGGGGCGACACCGCUAGCGGUAACUUUUUGAUCAAACAGGAAGCGACAGAUUUCCAGGACGUUCCCCUGUUUCAGCUUUUGAACUCUGACUUGGAGCAGCUCGUUCAUGGGCCACAGCUGAACUCCAUCCCCAUGGCCCCAUUAAGUCUUCCUAUUGGGAACGUCCAUGUAGGCCCUGCGCAGAAUUCUGCCAAACCCACAAGCAGUGCUCAGAAUGAAUGUUUCCCAUUUAAUCAACACUUGGGACAUCAGCAGAGACCAACCUAUUUGCCACCUUCUCCACCGAACUCUGAGCCCUCAAGUCCAGACAGGGGAAAGGAGCUCCUUCACAAUCUGUCCCCGCCUCCCUCCUACCAAGCCAGCAUCGCCUCUAAAUUAACUUUUCAGAGCCAUAAUCCCAUUGAUCCAGGACAGACCUCCAGUGUAGCUCCAAUCCAAAGCCCAAACCAGAAUUCCAGUGUUGGAUUAGUCCAAAUCACAAGUGCUAGACCAAUGCAGUGUCCAACCCUGACACCAGUUCAGACAACUCCAGGCCCACUGUCCCCAGUGUUGGCCCAGUCUGCUCCCUUUAAGUACAACAGAAGGAGUAAUCCGGAUCUGGAGAGACGGCGAAUUCACCACUGUGAUGUCCCGGGUUGCGAGAAAGUAUACACCAAGUCUUCCCAUUUAAAAGCCCAUCUACGGACCCACACAGGAGAGAAGCCAUACCAGUGCUCCUGGGAGGGAUGUGAGUGGCGCUUUGCCCGUUCUGAUGAGCUGACUCGCCAUUUCAGGAAACACACCGGGGCGAAGCCUUUCCAGUGUGGUGUGUGUAACCGCUGUUUCUCCCGCUCUGAUCACCUGGCCCUACACAUGAAGAGACACCAGAGCUAGAAAUCCUCUAAUGCAAAUCAAGUCAAUGUUUUUUUUAUUUUUCAGUAAACAUGGACAAAGAACUGCCACUUACAUAUCAGCAAACAAACAAAUUAAUAACUGGAUUUUUCCACUCACUUCCCAGUGGAGACAGUGCUGGCCCACAUGUAAUUCUUUUAUUGUAAAAAGAUUAAAUAUUACUGUUGCCUUAUUUUAUUUCCACAUGUAUGUCGCAAUAUCGGGGGGACAUUUGUAAAGGUGUCAAUCAAAAAUCAUUAACCUAUAAUAAUCAAAUAAUAUGGCAUUUUUUAAGCCUUUGUUUUCAUUAGAUUUUGUUGUAUUGCAAACUAUUUGAACAAUUUCAAAUUUCAAAGUUUUUUCUUGUACAGAUCAUAUCAAGAAGUGUCAUGGUAUAGGCAUUUAUUUAAGUAACUUAAAUAGUAAAGUAAGUGGAGACAUAGUAUUGCUAUUAACUGGAAGGUCAAAGAAUAUGUUGUCAUAGCCAGCAGGUCAAAGCACUGAUGUGUGUGCGUGAUAUAGAAAGUAACAGCAGUUAGUUGUUAAGUUGUAUGUAAACAAGUUGCGGAUUUACUAAAAGACACGGUAGGAGAAAUAAAUAUUGGGAUGAGCACUGUUUGCAAGCCCUAUGGUGAGUGCAGUCCUUACAGCAUGACUUUAACACUGCCAGAUUUAUGGGUUACUUUGCUACUGAGGUAAACGUUACUCAAAACAAAGUCCAUAUUUUCUCAUAUCACUGAAAUAAUAGGAAAAUACUGUGUUUAAGAUAUAAUAUCAUAUAUUCAUUAGGACAGCAAUAUGAAUGUUCUAUAUCUAUGCCCUUAUGUUGUAACAUAGAUAUGGUCAUUACAGAAAGUGCUAAAUGUCUUUCAAGCAGGUGCAGAUAUAAAUCCAAAUGGUGCAUUUUGAUUUGACUUCUAUGAACACUGCAUGGUUUUAUUUAAUUAUUGAUAACUUAUUUUGAUGGGCUUGUUUUGUCCCAUGUUAACUUCAGCCAUACAGCAAUAUCCCCUUUGACAAGGAUGUUAAAAGAGAAGUGCUCAUACAAAAUGUACAGCUGUGAGUACAUGACAGUUCAACAGCGGGUAAGAGUUUUUUUCUUUCUCCUGGAAGUUGUUAGGAUGGAAAACAUUGAGACGCCUCAAUCUUGACUUUGUUUUGGUUAGGUAUCUUAUAACAGGAUUACAGCAUCAUAUUACUGAUGAUUUGUCUUUAUGCGUGGUUUCAAAGUCUGUGAGAUUUUUUUGGGACUUAGACUGAGCACCUGCCAGUCUGGACAUCGGUGUAAGCUUUUGGUUUCUAUUCACGUAUUCAAACACCUUUUGAAAGUGCCUUUAACAGCUUUUUUUUGGAUCAAUGAAAAACAAACUUUUAUCAGGUACUCUACUCUGUUAAAAUGAUUCGGUGUGUUGCUACCCCUCCUUAUUUCCUCAAUAUAACUUUCUCUAUUUAUGACCAAGUUUCUUUAUAAUUUGAUUCAGGUUGAACAAAAAAGAUUUUCGAAGUCUAUAAUUUGUUCAGAUGUAUAUAUUUUGUAUCUGCUGUUUAAGGAUACAAUCUCUUGAUUGUUUUUGGAUGUGUAAAGAUUUUAAACUUUUUUUUUAAAUUGCAGACUGUUUAUUCUUAUUUUUUGGCAAAGUCUAAGAAGGAUCAAAUUAUGGAAUAUUGUUACAGUCUACACUGUCAUCACUUUCUCCGGCCAAGCAGCUCAAUGGAGUGUGUGCCAGUGAAUUAUUGCAAUACUAUUUUGACAUGAAGAUGUAACCUAAAUUGAUGAAAUGUGCUAUGAA